UUUAAACUUUUUUUUCAUUUUUUAGGUACAAAAAUGUCACACUCUCCUUUUCGAGUCUUAAAAAAAUCAAUACCAUGGCUUAAUCACCUAGGAUCCAGAAGUAACGUUCAAAAUAAAUUUCCCCAAAAUAUUGGAGGUCUCUGCCAUUGCAACCGAAGACAACACAGUAAUUCGCACAGUAGAAACAUUCGAACUUUCACUCCUUUAUCACGUGAUUUCCCACGUGUCAUAACAAGUACUUACAAAAGAGGGUACAGUCAAAAUGCUAGUGAAAGUGUGGAAGAAUGGACACAUUUUGGUUAUGAAAAGGUGAAAGAAAAACAGAAAGUAAAUAAAGUUUACGACGUGUUCGAGAAUGUUGCGACAUCUUAUGAUCUGAUGAACGAUUUAAUGAGUGUUGGUACACAUCGGUUGUGGAAAAAUCAUUUCGUUCAUCAACUGAAAUUGAAACAUGGCUUGAAAAUAUUAGACAUGGCUGGAGGGACAGGAGAUAUAGCCUUCAAAAUGUUGGAUAACAUCAUACAUUCCUCACCGUCAACAAACUUCGAAGACACCAACACUGAAAUUAUUAUUAGUGACAUCAACCAAGCUAUGUUAGAUGUUGGAAAGCAACGUGCAGAGAAACUAGGGAUAGAAAAAGCUUUUCAGUGGAAGCAAGCAGAUGCUGAAAAUUUACCUUUCGAAGAUGAAUCAUUAGAUCUUUAUACAAUUUCAUUCGGAAUAAGAAACACCACGCACAUAGACAAGGUUUUAGACGAAGCGUUUCGCGUUUUAAAAGUUGGUGGUCGUUUCAGUUGUUUAGAGUUUUCAACAGUUCAGAAUCCUUUAAUAAGCAGUUUCUACGAUUCAUAUUCCUUCCAAGUGAUCCCAGUGCUUGGUCAAGUGUUUGCAAACGAUUGGGAUUCAUAUCAAUACUUAGUUGAAAGCAUCAGACAGUUCCCUGAUAAGAAAGCCUUUGCUGAUAUGAUAUACGACGCUGGUUUUAGUAACGUGAUGGUUGAAGAUAUGACCUUUGGUGUAGUCUGCAUACAUGAUGGUUUCAAAAUAUGACCUUCUGUGACAUAAAAUAGUUUUGUAUUGUUUUCAAUUUCAUAUUAAAUUUAAAUUUUUAUUA